AUGGCUGCCAGACAUGAUACCUUACAAGAUAGCUUCCUGGGUGCUGCCCCAGUGAGGUCCCCUCAGAGACAGCGAACAGAACCUGCUCCGCGCAUCGUACCACAGCCUUCUGCCACCUAUCGGCCCCCUUUUCUUCUGGCCAUCAUAUUUGCGCCUUUCAAUAUGGGCUACAACUUGGGAUACAGACUCGUCUCAACCGUCUUCCGGUCCAUAUACUUCAUCUUCUCCUUCCUCCCAAGACCCUUCCGGCCACGGGCUGUGACCAACUCAAUAACAAGAGGACUGCGCAACACGAACGGCCGAAAGAUGCUGUUGCCGAGAGACUCUGCUGCUCGGUUCAAGCGCGAGUUCGAGGAGGAGUAUGGCAGCGAUAGCCUACCAUGGUUCGAGGGCGGCUUUGCGCAAGCUCAGGAUCUCGUCAAGAAGGACCUCAAGUUCCUUCUGCUCGUCCUGAUGUCUCCUGAGCACGAUGACACUGAGUCAUUUGUGAAGGACACACUUCUGUCGCCUGACGUCGUGAGCUACAUCAAUGACCCUGCCAACAACAUCGUAAUAUGGGGAGGGAAUAUUCUAGACUCCGAGGCCUACCAGGUGUCACUGGAGUACAAUUGUACCAAGUUCCCCUUCUCCGCCCUCGUUUGCCUCACGCCCAAAGAGGGAAGCACUCGAAUGGGGAUCAUCAAGCGACUGGCCGGGCCCAUGACAGCAUCGACCUACCUGGCCGGUAUUCAGACAGCAAUCAACAAGUACGCCCCUGAUCUAGAUGGCGUCCGUGCGGAGAGGACAGCGAACGAGGUGGCACGGAACCUGCGCUCUGAGCAAGACACCGCAUAUGAGCGGUCACUUGCGCGCGACCGCGAACGGGCGAGACAGAAGCGCGAAGCCGAGGCGGCCGCGGCGGCGGCAGAGAAGAAGGCGCUCGAGGAUGCUGAGGCGGCGGCUCUCUUGGAGCAGAAGCGAGAGCAGUGGCGGAAGUGGAGGGCAACGACGAUUGCCCCUGAGCCGACGACGAGCGUGAAGGAGGUUGUUCGCCUUGCUCUGAAGAUGCCCGACCAAGACCGAGUUGUUCGGAGGUUCGCGAGUGCGGCGACUGUCGAGGAUCUCUAUGCGUUUGUUGAGUGCUACGAAUAUCUAGAGGGUGUAGAAGGAAGCACGGAGGUCACACCGCCCGAGAAGUAUGAGCACGAGUACAAGUUCCGCAUCGCGUCGGUGAUGCCUCGAGAAGUUUACGAGCCGAGCAAGUCUGACACGCUGGGGGAGAAGAUUGGACGGUCUGGAAACCUCAUUGUCGAACGUCUAGUUCAAGAUGACGACGAUGUCGAGGACGAAGAAUAG